UCAAAUGGGAUAUUUUUACUUGGUUUUGGCCUUUACUCUACUAAAGGUUACAUAUUAUUUAACUAAUGCAAUUUAAACAGUCUCAGAUACAAGUGUCAUCGUAACGUUCCCAAGAUGGUCUUAACAUUGUACAAAAUGGACAUGAGCUCCUGUUGCCGAGCCGUCUUGCUAACAAUCAAAGCGUUAGAUCUACCAGUGGAGUACGUAGAAGUGAAUUUAUUAAAGAGAGAAGCAAGCGCGCCACAUAUUGCAAAGCUUAAUCCACGCUGUAAAAUUCCUAUAUUGGAGGACAACGGCGCUGUUAUAUGGGAUAGCCAUGCGAUUAACGCUUAUCUCGUGCAAACGUACGGGAAGGACUGUAAACUGUAUCCCAGCGAUGCAGCCGGUCAAGCUAAUGUGCAGGGAUGGCUGUAUUUUGACACCGAAAUCUUCGCAAAACUGAACGAUUUAAUGGUUCAGGUGAGCACUACGCGAACCAUUUCCGAACAAACGUACGAAGAGGUACGCAACAUUUACCAUGUGCUGAAUAACUAUUUGAAGGAAAAGAAAUGGAUAACUGGCGACAACGUAACCAUAGCCGAUUUUAGUUUGCUCUCUACAAUUGAAUCAUUUAAUUGCUGCUUGGAGGUGGAUCCGAACAAGUAUGCCAAUGUAGCUAGAUGGCUUGGGGAAGCUCAAAAGCUUCCGUUCUAUGAAGUUACUACUAAAAAAGGAAUAGAAGAUUUGGCAGGGUUUUUAAAGUUCCUGUUGAGCGCGAAGAAAUAAAACAAUGAACUGGU